AAGCAAUGGGCAACUCAAUGUGGCCUUGUGAUAUUGACCAAUGUGAACAGCCUGCAGUGCGCGGCUUGGGCGACUGUGUGAUAUGCAGCAAACACCUUUGCUCUGAACAUCUGCAAAGAUCUUUUCAUCAGUGCCCAACUCCCGAGGCCGACUUAUGGAUAUUUCAGGACGGAAAUCCCUAUUAUGCAGCAUUCGCAGAGGCAGAGGCGCAAGAAAUUGCACAUUUGCUUAGUCGAAUUGAUCUGGAACAACUCCAAAGGGAGGCGGAUUCGUUACAUGACAAGGUUCCUUGUCGAGUGGAGAUCCCUGAGAACAAAGAGAACGAUAUNGGGGGAAUGAAUUUCCACAUACGCAUCAGAUUCGAAGACGAGAUCAUUUGGCUAGCUCGUAUCCGUCGCUGCAAUGCGACAUCUCCACCGCCACAAUUGAGGGAUCAAAUAAUUGAAAGCGAAGUCGCGACGCUCUCUUUCCAUGAGAAUACCAAUAUCCCUACUCCAAGAGUCCACGGCUAUGCUCUAGAAGGAAAUGACAAUCCCGUCGGAGUCGGCUAUAUUCUCAUGGACUGUAUGCCCGGNAAGUUGCUCGAUUUCUACAGCUUGGGUGAACUAGGAAAACAGAAGAUCAUGGAGCAACUUGCUGAUAUGUUCAUUGAGCUGCAUCGUUACCAGUUCAAAAAGCUGGGAUCCUUGGAUAUUGUUGGCAGCAGGCACGUGGGCCCACUUGCUCGAGAGUGCCUCACCGAUUUUGGGGGACCUAGCAUGCGUCCUCUAGGUCCCUUUGAGAAUCUGCAAGACUACUAUCGAACGACAAUUGGACUACUGCUAGACAUGAUUCGUCGUCGAGAAAUAUACACGGACCGGCCAGUGGAUACCUACUUGCUGUACAAGUUCCUUUACGACACGUUGGAACAAAUAUGUCCUCGUGAAGCAGAGCACAGCACCACGUCCUAUCUCAAGCACGCUGACGACAAAAACCAUAUCCUUGUUGAUGGCGAUUUGAAUAUCAUGGCGAUCAUUGAUUGGGAAUGGGCUUUCACAGCUCCCGAAGUCCUAGCUUUCAACUCGCCAAUGGAGAUAUUUCCAUUAUCAGACUUCUUCGUGGGCAAAAGUGACAUUGGGCAGGACGAAGCACGAUUCGCCGAGUGCUUGGANAAGAAAGGGGCUACAAAUCUUGCAAAUGUUGUACGCAAUGGUAGAGUCCAUCAUCAGUUCGCCUUUCUCUGUACCUUCGAUUUCUGUCUUGGAUAUGAGGAGAUAAUGAGCUUGUUUGAGGGGUUGAGGAAGAGCAUCGGGAUCGAUCAGCAGUACAGCUGGGGGCAGUGGAAACAGCUAUAUCUGGAGCGAUAUCGUGAAGAUGAUAGAUUGAGGGACAUCCUACAGAGAUCUUCACCACAUCAACGUUUGUCUUUAGAUGGC